AUGUUUGAUGUCGGCUACCAUAACCAGACAGCUGUUGACAUUUCUCAGGUAGUCAUGGAUCACAUGGAACAUCGAAACCGUCACCGGCCAUCCAUUCGUUGGAUCACGGCCGACUGCCGGAACCUGGCGGAGAUCGCUGAUGACAGCUUUCCCUUGGUGGUGGACAAGAGCACACUGGAUGCAUUCUUUUGCAAUGAUCAACACGCGCUGGCCAUCAUGGAGUUCUUGAAGGAGGCAUAUCGCGUGACCAGUGUUGGAGGAGCCUUCAUCUCAGUGAGCAUGCAUCGUCCCAAGGCGUCAUGCCCUGGUUACAUCAUAAGCUCUUCGCUUGGAAAACGGUGGCCAUCGCCAUUGAGGAUGGUCAACCUGCAGAUCGUCCAAGGUGUCAUGCGUACAUUUGUGGCCCGAAGCGUUGCGAAGCGCACAAGUCCUUAG